AUGAGCAAGACGGGAACCUCCAAGAGGUUGGAAACAAAAUUUUACGAUGGCAGACUCGAAAACGCUCUCUCCUCCGGUGGUUGCCUUAGCACGCUCACCGCGAAGGUGUUCGGGACAAUAUUUGCCGUAGCCGCCGGGCUGCCAGUGGGAAAAUAUGGCCCCAUGAUCCACAUUGGUAGCAUUGUAGCUGCCUGCACAAGCAGGCGCGCGCGUUUGAUUCGGCCUGUGGAUCGGCUGCUCGAGGCGGCGCGCGUUUUCUCAAAUCACUCCGAGAGGCGCGAUCUGGUUGUCGCUGGGGCGGCCGCUGGCGUUACGGCAGCCUUUGCGGCCCCUAUUGGCGGGCUUCUGCUGGCAUGGGAGGAAGGUUCUUCGUAUUGGAGUCUCAAGGUGACGUGGCGCGUAUUUUUUUGCGCGACAGGCACUCUCUUGUUCACCUACCUGCUAGCGGGGUCCCGGAUGGGGCCCGCGGGCGCCUCUCUCGUCGAUCCCUCCUACAUGCAGUCCUACGCCGGCUCAUUCUCCACAGGCAUUCGCGUCGCCAACGAAGAUUUGCUGCUUUUCGUCGGCAUGGGGGUGCUCGGGGGGAUACUAGGCGCUGCCUUCAACGCCCUGCACUGGCACAUGAGCCGUCUCCGCCAUUCCUACGUUUGCACCUGGCCUCGGCGCUUCAUGGAGGUGCUGGGCGUGACGGUCAUCGUCUCCACAGUGGGCUUCCUCGCCUCUUUCUUAAGCGAGAGCUGGGCCUGUCGACCGGUUCCGCCAGCGGAACCCUCAUUCUACGAAGACGCAGCAUACGUUGUUCCCUACUUGGAUAAGCUUCUGCCCCUCACCUGCGCGCCCGGGCACUACAACGAGGUGGCCUCCCUAUAUCUGAAUGACGGGGUAUCUGCCCUCCGCCUCCUCUUUCACUUGCCUCGCCUCAAUUUGAGCGACGGCAAACCCAUGUUCUCCCUGCAUGCCCUGGCCUUGUUCGCCGGCCCCUACUUUCUCUUCUUGGUCCUCGCGUUCGGCGUGUCAGUCCCCUCCGGCUUUUUCGUGCCGCAGCUCCUCCUGGGGGCGGCCCUGGGCCGGAUGGCAGGACAGGUUGUCGUGGUCUUCGGGCACCCCACCUAUCUGGGUCAGGUCCGUGUUUUCGCCAUCAUGGGGAGUGCCGCCUUCGUGGGCGGGAUCACGCGCAUGGUGCCUUCCAUGACCGUCAUCAUGCUUGAGGCCACGGGCAACCUGUUCUUCCUCCUCCCCUUCGCCUUGGUACUCCUCAGCGCUCACUGGGUUGGGGAUCUUUUCACGCCCUCUAUCUACGACAUGAUCAUCGAGAUCAAGGGCUACCCCUUCCUCCGCCCCGACCCGCCCAAGUGGGCGUUGGCUCAGCUCCGCGCGCGCGACUUGAUGACCCCUCAAGUCGUCUCGCUCAGACCUAUCGAGACGGUCAAGCGCGUGCAAGAGGUUUUGUGCACCACAGGGCAUAACAUGUUCCCGCUCCUCUAUCCUUCCUCACACCCGACCCGAUCCGGCGCCCUUUUCGGCACGAUUAUGCGGGAGACACUCGUGGUCUUGCUGCAAGCGGCUAACUUCUCCUCCACGGCCUCAGUCAACAAUGAUCCAGACAAUCCUGAGCUUGCCUCGCCUGUUCUUGAUUUUGCGCAACUCCUCGAGUCGGCUGCCCGCCUCAGUAGCCGUGUCAUUGCCCAACCCGUCAUUCCCCUCACCCCGGAGGAUGAAAGCAAAUGGAUGGACUUGCGACCUUACAGCAAUCCCAGUGUCUAUUUCGUGACAGAGGAUUCGAGUGUCACGAAAGUCUACCGUCUCUUCCGGGGCUUAGGGCUUAGACACUUACUUGUGCUGAGCAUAGAGCGAGAUCCCGUGACAGAUCCGGUUGUCAGCCCGUCAGGUCAUAUUUAUUCGCGAGAGGCCAUUGUCGAGUAUCUAUUAUCUAAGACGCAAGACCUCAAGCGCCAGCGCGUCCUGUAUGAGCAACAAAGAGAAGAAGAGCAGGAGAGAAUGGAGGCGGCCUUGAACGAGGAAAAGGAAAAGGAUGUGCACCGCUUCGUGGAGAGGCAGACGUCGACCUUUGAGGAGGCAGCUCCGCGGCAAGGUAGUGUGCGAAGGACAAGUUUUGAGGUUCAGAAUGGGUAA